AGUAGCCGGUUUCACCGGCGCCAGUGGCGGUGUUUCCUGUUGUGUAUGAGCCGUGUGAGUGGAGAGGAGUCUCCACCAUGGACAUCCGACCUAACCAUACCAUUUACAUCAACAACAUCAAUGACAAAGUCAAGAAAGAGGAGCUGAAGCGCUCGCUCUACGCACUCUUCUCUCAGUUCGGUCAGGUCAUCGACAUCGUGGCCUUGAAGACCAUGAAGAUGAGGGGGCAGGCCUUCGUCGUCUUUAAAGAGCUUGCUGCUGCCACCAACGCACUGAGGCAGCUACAAGGCUUCCCCUUCUACAACAAGCCCAUGAGGAUACAGUACGCAAAGACCGACUCUGAGGUCAUUGCCAAGGUGAAGGGCACGUAUGGUGACAAGGAGAAGAAGAAGGACAAGAAGAAGAAAGCUCAGGAGCCUGCAGCGAACCUCACAAAGAAACCGGCAGUGGGAUCAGCAGCACCUGUGCACUCCCCCGCCGUGCAGGUCCCAGACAACCCACCCAACUACAUCCUGUUCCUCAGCAACCUGCCGGAGGAGACCAACGAGAUGAUGCUGUCCAUGCUGUUCAACCAGUUUCCUGGUUUCAAAGAGGUGCGGCUCGUCCCGGGGAAACACGACAUCGCCUUCGUGGAGUUUGAAAGCGACACUCAGGCGGGCGUGGCUAAAGACGCACUGCAGGGCUUCAGAAUCACGGCGACCUGCGCCAUGAAGAUCACCUACGCCAAGAAGUAGUUCCCAGGUCUGAUCAGUAACAGGACACAGACUGUGACGGCCGUGGUGGGUGGUCGUCCCUCGGUUUCUUCAGAUUUUUGUAAAUCCUUUUUCUUUGAUGAAUUCUGUGCGGGCGUACGAGGUCGAGAGAAGAGUCUCUGGCCUACAUCUUAUUUUGUAAAAUAAAAAAUAAAAGUUUUUACAU